AUGGUUGGUCAUGCAAACCUGGACAUUAGAGGAACACAAGAAAGAGGAGCACCGCAGAUUCCGUGUGUUCCAGGCUUGCACUCCAAUCAUCUCCGAGACUUGAGCGAAUCUUUGAGGCAAAUGAGUUGGCAAAGUGUGAGAAAGAGAGCGUGA